GUUCCUAGCAAUAUAUACGUUUUAGAUGAAAUUUAUUAUUAUCUGCAACUGGUUACUUUUUCUUCUAUGUUAUAAAUGGCUUGGUAAUUGGGAAAUUCCAAUUAACCUGGGAUUUGAUCCGUUUCGCGUAGUUGGAGGUUUUCCUACUCUUGUUGAUUCUUUCUUUCAAGAUUUUUUUGAAAAACCAACAGAUAGCUCGAAAACUUCAACAUUUCCUCUUGAUGAUCUACAGUACCCAGUUGUAACACCUCAGUUGGCCCGUAAAAUGAAAUGGAAUUGUUCAAUAAUUCAAUCUUCGGAUAAAUGUUUCACUGUUAUCAAAUCAUCGGAGUGUCUAGCUUCUACUCAAUUUUCUUAUAACUUUUGGGAAAAUUCUGAAGAAAUGUCUGAAUGUUUUCAUAAAUCCAAGGGAAAUAUGGAAUGUAGAAUACCUUUUCAAAAUGGAAAUAUCUGUGAAAAUGUGGUUGUUGGAAUUCAAAAAAGUGGGAAUAGUUCGAUUUUCAUAGAAUUAGAUGAUAUAAUGAUUAAUACUCAAAUAUUUCAAAACUAUGCAGAAACUAAACACAGACUUCCAAAUAACAAAAUAUCGGAAAAUUCGACCAGAGAAGAUUUUUAUUUUGAGAAUUCAGAUUUUUGCCAAAACUACAGUAUACAUGAGUUGGUUUUGAUUAGUGGAGAGAAUAAUACAGAUAUAUAUCCCUUUUUCCAAUUUGGCAUAAACAGCACUAGUCUUCCACAAAAUGCGGGCUGUUCACCUCCAUUCCCCGCAGACAUGUUCAUUUGUAAUUGUCGAAAUUCUCCAUCUUGCCAAGUCCCAUUUUUAUAUUUGACACCAAAUUCUACAUUCUGUGGUUCAACUACAAUAUCCAUCUAUCACACCCGCGGAUUCAUCUAUUCGGCAGUUGUGGCAGAAUCUCCAAACGAUAUUCAAAAACACACCAUCACAUUUUUCGACCUCCCUCAAACACCUCCACGGACAAAGUUUGACUUGAAGCGUGGCAGGUUUCAUUGCCCAUCGGAAACCACGUGUAUUGCAGAGAUUCUGUACCCAUUUCAUUUUUUGAAUUCUUUGGAAAUGCCAUAUCAAAUAGGUAUUCUUGUGUUUUCAAUGAUUUUUGGUGGUUUGAUUAUGGCAAAAUUGAACAACAAAUAAAUGAUUAUUGGAACAUAAAA